AUGGAAGCCGCGGGCCUCGCUAUCGGUGCGCUCGCUCUCGUCGGUGUUUUUGAAGACUGUGUCACGCUUUUGUCACAGAUAGGUGCCGCAAAAUCUAUGGACAAAGACUAUAUUCUACUUGCCACAAGACUCGACUUUCAGAAAACUUUGUUGUUACAAUGGGCAAAUCGUUUGAAGCUUUACGACAAUAGCGAUUACGACACACGACUAGAUGAUCCCAUCAUCGCGCGUGUUAUGCACAACGGUCUUGCUUGCAUCCGUCAGAUUCUGCAAGAUGGCCACAAGCUACAGAAACGCUACGGAUUGAGGCAAGCUGGCGCACAGGAAGUGAUUGAACACUCCACGGCUGUUAGCAAUCGAUUGUCGUCAAGUAUACAAGAUCAGUCACUGGAUUUGCGGACCCGAUACCCGACAUCUCAGCCUGAUCAAUCUGACCUUUCGUAUUACAUCCCACGCGGCGGUAGCAAGAGCAAAUUCUCCAUCUCCGAUACGAUCAAGUGGGUCAUCAAAGACAAGGAACAGUUCGAAGUUCUCGUUCGAGAUCUAUCGAAUCUAAUUACGGAUAUGGACCGAGUGAUACCCGGUAAUCAAAUUCGCACCGUGUUGAAGCAGGAGAUCCAAGCACUGGACAGCGUGCAAGAGUUGAAUUUGGUGAUGGACGCUUCUGUAAUCGACAACGGCGAUCUGGUCAGUGUCACCAAAACAGCGAUUGAGCGAAGGUGUGCGCAAUUGGUUCUGAACCGUCUUUGGUUUCGCUUGAUCGACGAAAGAAGAAACAACAUCGUUGAGGCUCACUCCAAAACUCUGGAGUGGGCCAUCAAUCCACCUGCUUCUGGGGCUGCAUGGGAUGAUUUAGAUCAGUGGUUACAAAGUGGACGUAGGAUCUACUGGAUACAUGGUAAGCCUGGCAGCGGAAAAUCCACACUCAUGAAAUUUCUCUACAAUCACUCCAAGACCAUGUCCUCAUUACAAACAUGGGCGGGGAACAGAAAGCUGACCAUGGCCUCGUUCUUCCUGUGGAACAUUGGAUCACCCGAGCAGAGCUCACAAGAGGGUCUUGCUCGGGGGUUACUGCACCAUGUUCUCGUGAAGAACCCCACACUGAUUCCCUUGGUACUCCCCGACAUGUGGCAAGAGGCUCAAAGCGGCGUUGUCGACCUCAGAGCUCCAUCUCAUAUCGAAACAAAAACUGCGUUCGAAAAACUCGGCGCAGAGAAGACAACCGGCGCUUAUGCUUUUUUCAUCGACGGUCUCGACGAGUUUGCUGGCAAUCACCGAGAUGGCAUAUUAUUCGUGAAAGAUCUUGUCGCGAGCACGAACAUCAAGAUCAUCGUGUCUAGUAGGCCCAUCGAUACCUGCGUGGCAGCCUUCUCAUCUGCGCCUAAGCUGAGAUUACAAGAUCUUACGGCAUCGGAUAUCGGUAGAUACGUUAAUGACGCCGUGCAAUUACACGCUUGCUCCGCAAACUACAGCGCUGCGACUCUCAAGGCCCUCGUGAGUGAUGUACGAAGCAAAGCAGAUGGUGUGUUCCUUUGGGUCGUGCUUGCGUGCCGCGCGCUCAUUGAGGGGUUCGAGGCCUACGAUAGCGUAGAGGAAUUACGACUUCGCGUUGAUGAAUUACCACCAGAACUUGAGAGUCUCUUUCGUCAUAUACUCAACGGCCUUCCUGCUCGCUACCUCCGACAGGCUGCGCAACUUCUGCGAGUCUGUUACAUCCACCGUUCACUACGGCUCGAAUCCCAUAUAUCAGCCGUCAGAUUAGCCUGGGCCCAUGAGAAGAACAUGGAGACACGCGCAAUGGGAGAUUUCACGGAACCUAGUCUCGAUGAAAGGCAAGCAAGAACCACAAUGUUCGAAGGCCGUUUGCGUAGUCGGUGUAGAGGACUCCUGGAGGUCUACCAAUACACCGACAACAGCGAUUCUCACAUCGAUUUCAUGCACCGCACGGUUUUCGAGUUCCUCAGUACUCCAAACAUUUGGGUCUUGGAUUGCUUGCACAUCAGUGACGACGCUUUCGACGCCAGCAAGAUUUUGGCAUAUAUGUCCUGCUACGCCCUGUACAACCAGCAGCUACGAGGUACCGAUGAUCAUGAGGAGGUUUUCUUGAGCGCCGUUGCUUAUACGCGGGUGGUCGAACAGAAUUCGCCUUCGGACAUGUCCCGCCUACUCAACCGUCUCGCUUUUGCGUCUCUAUAUGGAACAAACGAUGAGAAGUCGUCUCUCUCUCCAGUUUCCGAUCUGUCACUGGACACAAAUGCUGUUCUGCUAGCAAUAGAACUCGGUUUCACACGUUUCGCCCAAAGGCACGACCCAAAAACUUUCAACGCCCUCCGCAAGCUGGAAGGCGGCCAAGAAACUUCGAGAUACAGCCUUCUAUAUCACGCCUUUAUGCAGCCACUGUUGAAUACAAGGUUUUUGAUUCAACGCGACUUUCCAUGCGCGCCGGGCAUGAUCGAUCUUCUUAUCCGUUCUGUCAGCGACCCGAACGACAGUAUAGCAUUGUCUGGAAAUGAUGCGAGGACUUGUUGGGGCACAUGGAUGGAAUCCAAGUACAUGGUCACUAGAAAUAAUUUUCGUGCUAUGGAGGAUGCUGAAAUAACGAUGAUGAUGGUUCGUGCCGGCGCAGCUCUUGUUCCUCCGAACCCGGACGAUCCUUCAACUGGCGUUGCUCAUAUCGCUACAAAAGACCAUCGAGGACGCCUCAGAGAUGCGGUGGGCCAAUGGCUGAGAUGGGCGCCUACACUACCCGAAUUGCAAGAUCGGAUUAAGUUGAAAGCGCUCUGCGAUGAGAUUACCACUGCGGUAGCAGCAAGCUACGAGAUCAAGUCUAGCUGA